AUUCUGCAACACCUACAGUUAAGGAAGAGAGAACAACACCCGAGAGAUGUCCCAGUCCUCUUCUUCCACGGGAUAAUUCAGAAGAACAUUACUAUGUCCCACAGGAUGAUCAGGUAGAUGGAUAUAAGGGCAUCAUGAUGGAGGAUCACCAGCCCUUCACAUCAACAGUUAAAGAAGAGAUAAGAACACCAGAGAGAUGUCCCAGUCCUCUUCUUCUACAGGAUGGGUCAGAAGAAUGUCACAAUGUCCCACAGGAUGAUCAGCUUCUGAAUCCGGGUGAAGAUCUGAACAUUAUAUAUGUUACAGAGACCUAUAUGAGGGGUGAUGAGCAGAGUACAGAGGACAUUCCUACAGAUAACCGCCCAGAUGACUGUACCAGGAACUUAGAGAAACAUCCGGUAUCUUCACAUUUUGAAGUAGAUGAUUGUGGUAUCAUACAAGAUAUAUAUGAAGAGCAUGCCAAUAUCCAAGAUAUAUCUUCAUCCAAUUACAGCAAAAAUGUAUUAUUUGAUCCUUUUAAACAGGUCCGAUCUUCUGAAUCAUCACAGACUGUAACACAGAAUAAAAGUCACAGAAAAGGUGCUAAACCUCAAACAGCUCACGUAAGAGAGAAGACAUAUUCAUGUUCAGAAUGUGGGAAAUGUUUUAAGCAUAAAUCAACUCUUAUUACACAUCAGAGAAUUCACACAGGGGAAAAGCCAUUUUCAUGCUCGGAAUGUGGGAAAUGUUUUAAACAUAGAUCAACUCUUAUUACACAUCAGAGAAAUCACACAGGAGAGAAGCCAUAUUCAUGCUCAGAAUGUGGGAAAUGUUUUAACAAUAAAUCACAUCUUAUUAGACAUCAGAGAGUUCACACAGGGGAGAAGCCAUUUUCAUGCUCAGAAUGUGGGAAAUGUUUUAACCAGAAAUCAGUUCUUGUUAGACAUAAAAAAAAUCACAGAGAAGCAUCUCCAUGCUUAGUGCCCUCCCUUAUGUGUUUUUAUGGUAGUCAGUGUCGCUAACUGGCUUUAUUUCAUCAGACACUCCUUUUUACAGGGAGAUAAAACAGAACCUUGCUUUGAGUUACCAGAGGUGGCCGAGGGCUUGGAGUGAUGUUUGGGACCACUGUGAGAGCUCCCCAAACACGUGUUGUCUCCUGUAUUGAAUGACUACCAGUCAUCAAAGGACAGAUCCAGUUAAAAGUGAAAGUUUAUACUGUAUAUAUAUCCCCUCUCAAAAUGUUUGGGGAGUGGAAAAAACAAACUAUAGGGCCUGAUAUAAAAAGAUAACUAUCUACCUAUUCCAGCCCCGGUCUGUUCUACCUUUUAUAAGUAUUUGUAAAAUUAAUAACUUCAAAUAUGAGCUUGUCAAGAAACCGUCAGUUCUUACUGGGUUUCAUCAGUAAUGUGUAAGUUCUACCAACAAGUGACCCAGGUGAGGAUUGCCUUAUUACAUAGAAGCCAUUAUUCGCCCUUCUAAAGGAAUACCAUCUUAAUCUGCACACCCUGACCAAAAUGUACCAGUAGAUAAACCCAACAAGUGGGGUCCCUUCCACCCCUGUAUUUGUAGAAGUCAUGUGCUUCACUCAUCUCACAUGAAUUUACCAGUAUGUGAAUCCUUGGGUAUUUUCUUCUUUGUAUGUCCCACUAGCUCUGGAUUUUUUAAGUUUUUAUAAUUGAAGACUUGAUCUAAAAUAUAAUUAUUGGAUAUAUUGAAUUUUUGAUCAUUUUGUUUCCUAUGACUAUUCCCAUUCGUAUUAUUGUAUGGUGAUACGGAGAUGAUAUGUUUUAUUUGGAGGAUCUCUAAUAUUCAGGCUGUUCCAUGAGCUCCAUGGGCGCAGUUACAGUAUUGUCUGGGGUUUUUAAUCGGAUGACUUACACCUGACAAUACUUCUACAAGUAAUGACGAUACCUCAGAUGGAGAGAGGGGGGGUAGUGAUCCUUUACGGUUUCUAUGGAUGGUUUUGGAGGCUGCCCCUUAAUAUAUUCUGUAGGUGAUUGCUUGUUUUGUGCACGUAGUGGUUUCUACCUUGCCAGGCAGGGGCCGUUAUGGUGCAGAAGCAUCACUCAUCACAUUUGGAUGCCCUAGUUAAAAGUAUCAAAAUAUAUUUAAAAAAAAAGCAAGUGAGACUAAAAUAGAAAAAAAUAUCUACAUAGUUUCUCUUUUUACAUGAAGCAAAACAAAACAGCGAAACAACUAUCAAUAUGACCAAAACAGGGACCCAAUUUUGGUGUCAAUCUGCAUAUUUAAAGAAUAAAGAGCUUGAGUUUGAAUUAAAAAGAAAAUAAAUCUCUGAAAAACAUAUUAAUAAAAAGCCCCAUGUGUCAUGUAAAGAAAAGUUGAAAAAAUUAGGUAGGCAGCAGUGUGACAAAUACUGCACCGCGCUGCCCUACCUGACGUCAACUACAUCGAGCUCACGAGACAUGGUAUAGUCACUGGUUACCAAGAUGUGACGUUACACCCUCCUGGAGGAGCAUGUGAGGUCAGCUUGGUACAGUUUACACAGUUGCCUCCUGUCCACACGGGCACAGAGAGGCAAGGGGGUGAGCGACGGUGGUUCAAGCAGCCUCCAGCGUAACUUUACACGCGCUCACAACCCUGACAAGCUGAGAGAGCCUUUUCACUGCCCCAGUGAAGCGGUGACAUUAGUAAUUUAUGAUGGGAUACAUGUGUCAUCCAGAAUGCGGCAGGAAGCAUUCUAAAAGAGAUUUUGUUUGCACUGGGAAUGUGUCACCAAGGUGCCCGGCCUUGGUGGAGUAAAGGCCCCUAGAUUACGUGUCCACUAAGGUAGUUGGUGGACACCAUGAUAGCAUAGCAUAGUCCGAGUCAGGCUUUUACUGGGAACAGGCAAUGUGCUGGGUGGGUGCCUGUUCCCCAUGCUCUAGUCCGGGACUUGGGGCAUGCUCAUGUCUAGGGAUUCUAUUUAAUCCUGGCUGCUGGAGUGAGUACAGUUCCUUACAUUUGGUGGAGGAUGCGGGCAAGCGACCAGCGAGGCAAACACAAGGGUGCAUGUCCCUGAUAAAGCCAGCCAAGUUUUUCCCUAAGCCAGUGGAUCAAAUGGAGGCAAUCUUACAGCAGCUGGUCCGGGCUAAUGCCGAACAAGCCGAGUGCAAUGCACAACAGCAAGCAGCGAACGCCCAACAACAACAGACUAAUAGCCUGUUGAUUCAAUAGAUCACGUCCCUGCGAGCGUCCCAGCAAGGGACCCCCACCUGCGGUGACUCCGUUUCCGUCUGCCGCCCGGGAUAAAGUCUGGUGAGCACUGAGGAAAAUGAGUCCGGAGGACAACGGGGAGGCCUUUGAAAGAACGGCUGAGCAGGAAAACCUGCCGUUCAACCAGUGGGCUGAGGUGGUGGCACUGUUCCUGGUAGGAGAUUCCCAGAAAGCCUACUUUGACCUCAGCUGUGAGGACUCCCAGGAGUAUGAGAAACUAAAAGGUGACAUCUUGGCUCGGAUGGGGGUUAACAUCUAAGUGUGGGCACAAAGUGUACCAGUGGGCCUUUUCAGAGUCCCGACCCACCAGGUCUCAGGCAUAUGACUCGUUGCACCAGGUGAAGAAGUGGCUCCAGCCUGAGACCUUGAGCCCCGACCAAAUGAUUGAGAGGGUGGUAGUUGACCAUUUUGUGCGCACACUGCCGGUGGCCAUACAGUGCUGGGAGGGUCAAGGAGACCCCGGGAACCUCAAUCAAUUUAUUAACUUGGUCGAGCGGUAUAUGGCGAUACAGGAGUUGAUGAGGGGCUCUGCUCAGAUGAGGGAGACACGCCAGCCCCCCUCCCAGCCUAGGAAGCCUGGAAAAAGGUCCCGGCUUCCUAUGGGGGGUAACACAAACCAUGCUCCUGUUAGGCGAAUCCUGGGGACCUGCAAAGCCACUGUUAUUCGGUGCUGGCGCUGCCAAUGCCCGGGACAUGUGGCUACUAAAUGCUUGACUUCUGAACCUAUGGACUGCGGAUUCGCUCACCGGUCCUCGUUCUAUGCCUGACCGGUAUGUAUCGCUGACCCCCUGCAGGAAAACCUGCCGUUCAACCAGUGGGCUGAGGUGGUGGCACUGUUCCUGGUAGGAGAUUCCCAGAAAGCCUACUUUGACCUCAGCUGUGAGGACGCCCAGGACUAUGAGAAACUAAAAGGUGACAUCUUGGCUCGGAUGGGGGUUAACAUGUAAGUGUGGGCACAAAGGGUGUACCAGUGGGCCUUUUCAGAGUCCCGACCCACCAGGUCUCAGGCACAUGACUCGUUGCACCUGGUGAAGAAGUGGCUCCAGCCUGAGACCUUGAGCCCCGACCAAAUGAUUGAAAGGGUGGUAGUUGACCAUUUUGUGCGCACACUGCCGGUGGCCAUACAGUGCUGGGAGGGUCAAGGAGACCACGGAAACCUCAAUCAAUUGGUUAACUUGGUCGAGCGGUAUAUGGCGAUACAGGAGUUGAUGCGGGGCUCUGCUCAGAUGAGGGAGACUAGGGAGCCUGGAAAAAGGUCCCGGCUUCCUAUGGGGGGUAACACAAACCAUGCUCCUGUUAGGCGAAUCCUGGGGACCUGCAAAGCCACUGUGAUUCGGUGCUGGCGCUGCCAAUGCCCGGGACAUGUGGCUACUAAAUGCUUGACUUCUGAACCUAUGGACUGCGAAUUUGCUCACCGGUCCUCGUUCUAUGCCUGAACGAUAUGUAUCGCUGACCCCCUGCUGGCCGCUGAAAAGCCUCCCUUGUGUCAGGUCUCUAUUAAUGGGUACCAGGUCAAGGCACUGAUGGAUUCUGGGAGCCUGGUGACCCUCAUGCAUGAGUCACUGAUUUCAGAAGACAUCCCAGGAAAACAAAAAUUAGCCAUAGUCUAUAUCCAUGGGGACCUCCGGGAAUAUCGAGGGUUACCCUGUCUGCAUCAGGCAGGGAAGUACAACAUGUCGCCAUUUUGGGAAGAGGCUUGCCUAUUUUCUGGACCUUAUGGAAGGACGGAAUGCAUAUUCUUGGGGAGGAAAACUGUCCGGCUCCUGAACCCGAAGACCCCGAUCCCGGGGUACCAGCUGUAGGGGUCACCACCACAGGUCUAGAGUGUAACCCCGAUUGGUUUUCCCUAGAGGUGUUGGCUAGUGAGACUGUAGAGACCACAUCUAUCCCGGACCUGGAGGUGUCCCGAGAAACGUUCGGGACAGCCCAGCUCCAGGAUCCUACAUUGGUGCAGGCGAGAGAAAGGGUAACUGUAAUCAAUGGGGUAGCUCAGCAGCCAGGUGCAGAAUCUGUGUUUCCCCACCUGGCCGUUAACCAAGACCUAUUGUACAGGGUGGACAAGGUUCAACAAGAGGUAAUAGAGCAGUUGGUGGUACUUUGAGCCCUACUGCCGGAUGGUAUUAGACUUGGCCCACACGCAUGUACUGGGAGAUCACCUUGGGGUGAAAAAGACCCAAAAGCAAAUAUUGCAGAGGGUUUUUUGGCCCGGGAUAUACAGUAUGGGGAGGUUAAUAGGUUCUGUCAGUCAUGUCAGGUGUGUCAGGUAACCAGCCCCCAGCCCAACUACCGUAGUCCAUUAGUACCUAUGCCAAUCGUAGAGUUACCAUUCGAAAGAAUAGCCAUGGAUCUGGUGGGUCCAAUAAAUAAGUCGGCCAGAGGUCACCAGCAUAUCUUGGUGGUCUUAGAUUAUGCUACUAGGUAUCCUGAGGCGGUUCCACUGCACCAUAUGUUGGCUAAGCUUAUAGCCAAAUAAUUAAUGGGCAUGUUUUCUCGUGUAGGGAUUCCUAAGGAGAUCUUGACAGACCAGGGGACUCCCUUCAUGUCUAAGGUCAUGAAGGAACUCUGCUGGUUGUUAAAUGUUAAACACUUACGCACGUCUGUUUACCAUCCCCAACCAGACAGACUGGUGGAAAGGUUUAACAAAACUUUAAAGAACAUGCUCAAGAGAGCCGUGUCCAAAGAUGGGAAGGACUGGGAUCUUUUGCUGCCGUAUGUAUUAUUCACUGUACAAGAAGUGCCCCAGGCGUCCACUGGGUUCUUGCCCUUUGAACUAUUGUAUGACAGACAUCCUCGGGGGUUGCUCAACAUUACUAAAGAAGCAUGGGAGCAACAGCCCACCCCACAUAAGAGUGUCAUCCAACAUAUAGCAAAAAAUGCAAGAAACGAUGGGGACAGUUCUGCUGAUUGUCCGGGAACAUAUGGAGGCGGCACAACUGGCCCAGAGCCGGGUAUACAACCGGACUUUUAACUUGGGCAACCGGGUACUGGUACUUGUGCCCACAGUUGACAGUUAGUUCCUUGCAAGAUGGCAAGGACCCUUACGAGGUGAUAGCGAAAGUGGGGACAGUAAAGCUGGAGCAGGUAUACCAUGUUACUUUACUAAAGCCCUGGAAAGAUAGGGAAAGUCUGUUUGGGGACAGCCCACUCUCUUUCUUGUUUGUGGGGAAGGCUCCAUUGCCAUCGGCGGUCCCGGGGAAAGCCUCCGCCGCAGUGAAGAUAGCGAAUGGCCUGUCUACUAAACAGGUUCAGGAGGCCAGGGAGUUUGUGAGUCAAAAUAGGGAUGUAUUCUCCGAACUUCCUGGACGUACCUCUGUAGUCCGGCAUGACAUUGUCACUGAUCCCCAGGUCAAAUUUGCUUAAAGCCAUAUCUGGUGCCUGAGGCUCGGCGACAAGCCAUCUCUGAGGAAGUGAAGUCGAUGCUGCGACUUGGAGUCAUUGAAGAGUCCCAGAGUGAAUUGGCUAGUCUAAUAGUCCUUAUACCAAAACCAGAUGGAACGUUACGGUUCUGUAAAGACUUCCGGAAGCUCAAUGAGAUAUCAAAAUUUGAUGCCUACACCAUGCCUCGGGUCAAUGAGUUGAUAGAGCGAUUAGGGCAAGCUCGUUACUUUUCGGUCUUGGAUCUCACAAAAGGGUACUGGCAGGUGCCCUUAACAGAGGCUGCAAAGGAUAAAACUGCGUUUGUCACCCCAAAGGGCUGUUUCAAUAUAAGGUGUUGUCCUUUGGCUUACAUGGCACUCCAGCCACAUUCCAGCGGUUAAUGGAUAUCAUCCUCUGGCCCCAUCGUCAGUAUGCUUCAAUCUACCUCGAUGAUAUAGUGGUAUUUAGCACGGACUAGGAGAGUCACUUACUGAAGGUGCAGGCAGUGGAAGAUUCUCUCCGGAAAGCGCGAUUGACCACCAACCCAAAGAAAUGUACUAUAGGGUUGGAAGAUUGGUACCUGGGGUAUGUAAUUGGAUAGGGAAUCAUCAAAGCCCAGGUAAAUAAAAAAGAAGUAUGCUCCAGCACAACAAAAAA